AACUGUCCCUAAGAAUAGCAGAAGAAGCGUCUCAACUGGAGUUUACUUGUUGAAUGACAUUAGAGCAAAGUUUACUGUUUACGGAGUUUGUUUUUCAGUUUACCAACUGCUUCACAUUCUUCGCUACAGAAUUGUAGCUUUCCUGAAAGCUGAACUCUCCACUGCGUUGUGAAAAAUGCGGGACCGAACUAAAGAAUUAGGAAAUAAUGCCGAGGCUUCAGAUGACGAUGAGGAGGGCAAAGCACUGAUGAUCAAACCUGGAACCUCUUCAGCCAAAGAGGAGAAAGAAAAUGAAGCCUUCUUCAGAAAGGCUCAAGAAAUCCAUGAGGGGCUGCAGAAUCUCAAAAGAAUGGUGUCUGACCUUGAGAACAAACAGAAGACUGUCCUGGGUGUGGCACUGCCAGAGGACAGUAUGAAGAAAGAACUUCAGACUCUUCGAGAGGAGAUAAAAACUAUGGCAAGCCAAAUCCAGAAGAAACUCAAGAGCAUCGAACCUAAGAAGGGAGAGGAGGACGGGAAAUACAUACCCAUAAACAUCAGGAUGCAGCGGACACAGCACGGUGUUCUGUCCAAGGAAUUUGUUGAGUUGAUGGGUCACUGUAACACCAUCCAGGCCCAGUACAGGGAUCGCAAUGUGGAGAGAAUACAGAGGCAACUCAAAAUCACUGGGACCAAUGUAACAGAUGAGGAACUCGAUGUCAUGCUGGAAAGUGGGCAGACGGAUGUUUUCACUCAAAAUAUCUUGAUUGACGCCAAAGCUACACGACAGGCGCUAAAUGAGAUCGAGUCCCGUCAUGAUGAGAUCCUGAAGCUGGAGAGGAGCAUCCGAGAGCUGCAUGAUAUGUUCCAGUAUCUGGCCAUGGAGGUGGAGGCUCAGGGGGAGAUGGUGGACAGGAUUGAAACCAACAUCAAACAGUCUGCCAACUAUGUGGAAAAAGCAAAAGACAACACAGAGAAAGCAGUCAUAUACCAGCAGAAAGCACGGAAGAAGAAAGUAUGGAUUGCGAUAUGUUUGGCCAUCCUCAUCCUCAUCUUAGUCAUCUCAUUGGUUACAACGUUUGGCACCUGAGACCUAGAAGAGUGAUACAACUCAAGAUCGGGUUUGUAGAAGCACAUUAUGGGUUAAGAAAGAUCUGCUUUUAUAUAUUUCAGCCUACAGGAUGUACGGGUGAAUUUAGUCAGUCAUCAUCCCUUGGCCUUCUUCCUGUUUCACAUUUUUUCUCAUCUAACCUUCCUGUCACUUUUAUUUGAGAAGAGAUGUGCUCUCUGGUGAGAUGUUUUAACUUGCACCUACUUACAGACUGGCAUGCACAAAAGCACAUACGACUACAAUCUUUGCCUGUAUUAUCACUUGUCAAGAGCUAAUGCUGCUGGUUUAUGAAGUUGGACAUGAACUGCAGCUAUUGGACAAAUUAUGAACUGUUACUUCAGUGACCCGACCCCUCCCCUCCCCUGUUAAAAAGAGGAAAUGAGUGGCCUUGAGGAAGGCAGACUGCAGUAUUCAACACUGGCGCUGAUCAUACUGUACUCAGGAAAAGUAUGUGUUCAUUGUUGUUAGGUUGUUUAUUGAAUGAAUUGGAGAUGUAAACAACAAUUUUAUACAAUAAGUCUUUCUUUUAUAGACAUAUAAGCAGACUAAUAUAAUUGUACAUAACCUAUAUUUCUGUUAAGACAUACAUUAUGGAAAUGAUUAAAACUUGAAAGGUGUUUUGAACUGCCUACCUGUAACAAAUGUAAAUACAUGAGUUUUUCUUUAAAUAACCACCCUCUUAUUUUUUUUUUUCCCUUUACUUGUACCAAGGUGUCUGAGCUCAGCUGUUACAGCCCAGUACUCCCUUUAGUUGUCCUACAAGUCUGUAUUUAUCAUCUGAACAAUGUUGUGUAGGCUGCUAUGGAAUAAGUUCUGCCAUAGCAACAACACAUCAUGAAAUCCUCUUUGAAACUGUGCCUUCACCUCUAAUGUUCACGUAAACAGCUCAUUUGAGACUCUGAUGUUGUGCACUAACUUUGUAAAGAAGGGAUGGAGUGAGUUUUUAUUCUUUUGUUUGAAUUCACAGCAAUUAUUCAGUUUCGGUGCUGAGACCUUGACUUAGCCUGACAUUUCAGAAUGUAGUUUUAAUUUUUCUUUAUAAGUUUGUCAAAUUGUGCAAUUUCUCCUCUCUGUGUUCUUUAUACUCAAUAGUUUUUCAUCACACUUCUGUUGUAAAUCCUGAAAGUUAACUGACCACACACAUUUAUGUAGACAGAUGUUUCUGCACCUCAAUAUGACAACUAUGUAAAGGAAAAGACAAACUGUAUACCCUGGGAGCGUAUACCAGGCUUUGAGAGCAGGUGUCUGUACAUUUAAAGGCAGACAAGAGUGAGUGGAAGGCAAAGCACAGACUUUGCUAUUGUUUUUGUGGCUGUUGAAUUAUUUUGCAUUACUCGUUUAACAGAUUUGUUUUUAAAAUAAAACUAUCAUGUUCUAUUA